AUGCACACACACGGCAUCAUGGCCAGCACUCAGGAGCGCCUGGGCCUGUCUUCCUCUCCCAACUCCAUGGGCAAAGCUUUCUGUGAGGACAAAGACUUCAGCCGCUUCCCUGAGGAGCACGUGGUCGCCGGGGACCACCCGUCCCCAGAGCUUAUCGAGGACGUGCGGGACAAGGGUUUGCUGCAGGCAGAGCUCGUGGAGAGCGUGAGCAGCCCCGUCACCGCGGCCGUGCUCACCAGCAUCAGCGAGGACUCCCGGGACCAGUUUGAGAACAGCGUGCUGCAGCUGCGCGAGCAGGACGAGUCGGAGACGGCUGUCCCUCAGGGCACGCGGGGCACCACGGAUGGAGACAGCAACAGCGCCACGGAGGAUGUGAAGGUCCAGUUCAACAGGUCGGGCAGCGGCAGCGGAGGCUUUCUGGAGGGACUUUUCGGCUGCCUGCGGCCUGUGUGGAACAUCAUAGGCAAGGCAUACUCCACAGACUACAAACUGCAGCAGCAAGACACGUGGGAGGUGCCGUUCGAGGAGAUCUCGGAGCUGCAGUGGCUGGGCAGUGGAGCACAGGGAGCUGUCUUCCUGGGCAAGUUCCGCGCCGAGGAGGUGGCCAUCAAGAAAGUGAGAGACCAGAACGAAACCGACAUCAAGCACUUGCGGAAGCUCAAACACCCGAACAUCAUCGCCUUCAAGGGAGUCUGCACUCAAGCCCCGUGCUACUGUAUCAUCAUGGAGUACUGUGCACACGGACAGCUCUACGAGGUCCUGCGCGCGGGGCGCAAGGUCACCCCACGGCUGCUGGUGGACUGGUCCACGGGCAUUGCAAGCGGCAUGAACUACCUGCACCUCCACAAAAUCAUCCAUCGAGACCUCAAGUCACCAAAUGUUUUAGUUACACACACCGAUGCAGUAAAAAUUUCGGACUUUGGUACAUCUAAAGAGCUCAGUGACAAGAGCACCAAGAUGUCCUUUGCAGGAACAGUGGCUUGGAUGGCCCCAGAGGUGAUUCGCAACGAGCCUGUCUCCGAGAAGGUGGAUAUCUGGUCGUUCGGGGUAGUGUUGUGGGAGCUGCUUACAGGAGAGAUUCCCUACAAGGACGUGGACUCUUCAGCCAUCAUCUGGGGAGUGGGCAGUAACAGCCUGCACCUCCCUGUCCCUUCCACCUGCCCAGAUGGCUUCAAAAUCCUCAUGAAGCAAACCUGGCAGAGCAAGCCCCGGAACCGUCCGUCCUUCCGGCAGACUCUGAUGCACCUGGACAUUGCCUCUGCUGAUGUGCUGGCUACUCCUCAGGAAACCUACUUCAAAUCCCAGGCUGAGUGGAGAGAAGAAGUGAAGAAACAUUUUGAGAAGAUUAAAAGUGAAGGAACGUGUAUCCACCGGCUGGACGAGGAACUGAUUCGGCGUCGAAGAGAAGAGCUGAGACACGCGUUGGAUAUCCGUGAGCACUACGAGAGGAAGCUGGAACGAGCCAACAACCUGUACAUGGAGCUCAGUGCUAUAAUGCUGCAGCUGGAGGUCAGGGAGAAGGAGCUCAUCAAGAGGGAACAAGCAGUGGAAAAGAAAUACCCUGGGACCUACAAACGCCACCCAGUCAGACCAAUAAUCCACCCCAAUACAGUGGAGAAGCUGAUGAAGAGGAAAGGAGUCUCCCACAAACCAGGCAGCCAGACUAAACGGCCAGACCUGCUGAAGUCCGAGGGCAUCCCCAGCACGGAGGCAGUGUCCAACGGCUCACCGGUCUCAGGAAGCCCCAAAAUGUCCACGCCGAGCGGCAAAAGCCGCUACCGCAGCAAACCGCGGCACCGCCGGGGGAACAGUAAGGGCAGCUACAGCGAGUUCGCAGGGAUCUUGAAAAACCAGCCGGGGCAGGACGAGGCGUCCCCACCGCCCCCCCAGCACCCUCAGCAGCACCCUGGGCAGCACCACGCGCGGCUGCACGGGCAGGACAUCGCCAUCUGCGCCAACAACCUGCGCUACUUCGGCCCCGCGGCCGCGCUGCGCA